CGGUUUAGCAGCUCAGCCUUUGUUUUCCAAGUCUGAAAAAAGAAGAUGGAUAGAAACAGUAAUUAAUUUUCAUGGUCUUAUUAUGAUGACUGAUAUUGAUGUUUCACUCUUUGCUAUUCAAAAAUUAAAAUAUUUUCAUGAAUUAUUGGAAAAUAAAAGACCAGGGUUUUCCGGAGAAACAGUUUUGACUCCCAUAAAUAUGAAUCGUCACUGUCAGGUAAUAUCCAGUUGCUUUGUUUCCAUCAGGAUUCAGCAGCAGACACCAACUAUGUCUCCAACCAGCUGUUUGUCCAUGAAGAGUGACUGGUCUAUGGAUCCAAUCACUGUAUUCAAAGAAGGACACCAGUUUGUGGCUAACAGUGAGCAGCAGACCUCAGAGGUUCUCAGUGUUCAGUCUUUCCCUCAUUCUGAAACUGAUCUGGACUCCAUAUUUAAGGCUCUAGAGGAAAACAUCUUAAGUUUUGUAAAGACAGAGCUAAAGAAAUUUCAAAAUAUUCUUCGACCAGAUUACCAUGAAUGGUUAAAGAACCAGGCACAGAAUGAAGACGUGUGGGAUGGAGAUGCUGAAGACCAAGGGAUGACCAGUGGAGAUUCUUUUAUGAAGAUCACGCUCAACAUUCUAAAGAAUAUGAAACAAAAGAGGCUGGCUGAUCAUCUGCAUAGAAGGGCCUCUUCAUCAGAGUAUCAACAAAGACAUAGGUCUAACCUAAGGAAGAGAUUCCAGUGUGUCUUUGAAGGGAUUGCUAAAGGAGGAAACUCAACUCUUUUAAACCAGAUCUACACAAAGCUCUACAUCACAGAGGGAGGAACCGGAGAUGUUAAUGAACAGCACGAGGUAGACAUUGAAACUACCGCCAGAAAACUAGACAGCCCUGAAACAAUCAGAAAUGAAGACAUCUUUAAGAUUCAUUUUGGAAAAGCUAAAUCAGUUAGAACAGUGCUCACUAAAGGAGUUGCUGGAAUUGGGAAAACUGUUCUAACACAGAAGUUCACUCUGGACUGGACUGAAGACAAAGUUAACCAGGAUAUUCACUUUACUUUUCCAUUUACCUUCAGAGAGCUGAAUGUUCUGAAAGAGAAAAGAUUCAGUUUGGUGGAACUUAUUCAUCACUUCUUUCCAGAAAUCAAGGAAAUCUGCAAUUUUGAACAAUAUAAGGUAUUGUUCAUUUUUGAUGGUCUGGAUGAGAGUCGACUUCCCCUGGAUUUCCACAACAGUGAGAUGCUGACUGAUCUUACAAAGUCCACCUCAGUGGAUGUUCUGCUGCCAAACCUCAUCAGGGGAAAACUGCUUCCAUCUGCUUGCAUAUGGAUAACAACAAGACCUACGGCGGCCAGUCAGAUCCCUCCUCAGUAUGUGGAUGUAGUGACAGAAGUCAGAGGCUUCUCAGAUUCCAAAAAGGAGGAGUACUUUAGGAAGAGGUUUAAAGAUAAGCAGCAAGCCAACAGGAUUAUCUCCCAUAUCAAAUCUUCCCGAAGUCUUCACAUCAUGUGCCACAUCCCAGUCUUCUGCUGGAUCAAUGCUACAGUCCUGGAGGAUGUGUUGAAAACCAGAGAAGGAGAGCUGCCAACGACCCUGACGGAGAUGUACAUCCACUUCUUAGUUGUUCAGACCAAAGUUAAGAGGGUCAAGUAUGAUAAAGGAAUGGAAACAGAUCCACAUUGGAGUCCAGAGAGCAGGAAGGUGAUUGAGUGUCUGGGAAAAUUGGCCUUUGAUCAGCUGCAGAAAGGAAACCUGAUCUUCUAUGAAUCAGACCUGACAGAGUGUGGCAUUGAUAUCAGAGCAGCCUCAGUGUACUCAGGAGUGUUUACAGAGAUAUUUAAAGAGGAGAGAGGGCUGUACCAGAACAAGGUCUUCUGCUUCAUCCAUUUGAGUGUUCAGGAGUUUCUGGCCGCUCUUCACGUUCAUCUGACCUUCAUCAACACUGGUGUCAAUCUGCAGAUGGGAACACAAAAUAUAUCAGAAACAGGAGAACUGGACUUUAGACCACUCCAGCUUCAUCAGCACUCAGUUGAUGAGGCCUUAAAAAGUCCAAAUGGACACCUAGACCUGUUCCUUCGCUUUCUGUUAGGGCUUUCUCAGCCAGUGAAUCAAACCUUCUUACAAGGCCUACAGACCAAAUCGCCAAGCAGCUCACAAAGCAACCAAGAAACGAUUCAGUACAUCAAGAAGAAAAUCAGUGAUAAUAUGUCUGUAGAGAAAAGCAUCAAUCUGUUCCACUGUCUGAAUGAACUGAAUGAUCGUUCUCUUGUAGAAGAGAUCCAGCAGUACCUGAGAUCAGGAAGUCUCUCCACAGAUGAACUGUCUCCUGCUCAGUGGUCCGCUCUGGUCUUUAUCUUAUUGUCAUCAGACAAAGAUUUAGCUGUAUUUGACCUGAAGAAAUACUCUGCUUCAGAAGAUGCGCUUCCAAGGCUGCUUCCAGUGGUCAAAGCCUCCAACAGAGCUCUACUUAGUAGCUGUAACUUAUCUGGGAGAAGCUGUGAAGCUCUUUCUUCAGUACUCAGCUGCACGUCUUCCAGUCUGAGAGAACUGGACCUGAGUAACAACAAGCUGGAGGACUUGGGAGUGAAAUUACUUUCAGUGGGACUGGAAAAUCCAAACUGUAAACUGGAGUCCCUUAGUCUUACAGGUUGUCUGGUCAUGGAGGAAGGCUGUGCCUCUCUUGCCAAAGCUCUAAGCUCCAAUCCGUCCCACCUGAAAGAGCUGGACCUCAGCUACAAUCAUCCAGGAGACUCAGGAAUGAUGCUUCUGUUUUCCAGGGUGGAAGAUCCACACUGCAGACUAGAAAUGCUCAGAGUAGAUCAUUGUGGAAAGCAGUGGUUAACACCUGGUCUGAAGAAGUCUCCAAACACUGUUAGCAGAAAGCUGGUACUGUCUAACAACAAGAAGGUGAAAAUUGUAGAUGACUUGCAGCCAUAUCCUUGUCACCCAGACAGAUUCGAGUGGAAUCAACUUCUGUACUGGAAGGUGGAGUGGAGUGGGAGGGUUCUGGUAUCAGUGAGCUACAGACGACACACACGGAGAGGUCUGAGCAGUGACUGCUGUUUCGGAGGGAACGAACUGUCAUGGAGUCUAAGGUGCUGUGACGACAUUGGUUAUGCUGCCUGUCACAACAACACCAUGACUGCCGUCCCCCUUGCUGCCUCCUGUCUCUCCCACAGACUAGCCGUGUAUUUGGACCUCCCUGCAGGAACUCUCUCCUACUACAGAGUCUCCUCUUCCACUUUGAUGCACCUUUACACCUUUAACGCCACCUUCACUGAACCGCUGUACCCUGGCUUUGGAUUCUUGUUUGAUUCCUCAGCUAGUCUAUGUUCGCUCUACUGAGCAGGGUUUUUGGAAGUGAAAUCUGGUUUAAAGCUACAGUAUUUCACUGUUACAUGUAGAACAGCAUAAAUAUUAUUAGUGUGAUGAAACUAGAAGUAGGAAGAGCAUAAGUACAUUUGUAGCACAUUUUGUACUGAAAAGUGUGGCGAUUUAACACUCAUAAAUAGUUUUUUUUCUGUGUUUGUUGUUUUAUGUUAUUAUUGUUGCACUGUCUGUCACCAAAAGAUAUGAAUGUGGCCAAAAAAUUGCAAAUACAAUAGCUACAAUAAGUAAGUUCCACACGUACUUCUUUUCUUAAGAACAUUGUAUAUAUUGUCUUCACAAGUGCUAAUUUAAUCUUUUUUUGCAGAAAAUGUGAUUGUAAUAUUUACCCAAAAGAUGUAUGUAUAAUUUUCUCUUUUUCUUCCUGUGUGGAAAAAUUCUGAUGUUUUCAGACAUUAUAGUAAAUCAACAUGUUCAAAGAAAGUUUGUAAUGAAUUAGUAAUUACUGAACAAAUACCUAAAAAUCCAUAGGCCUGGAAAUACAGCAGGGAAAUGAGUUGAAUGAGUACUUUUAUAAUGGGGCUGUUGACAUGAAAUAUAUCCCAGAUUUUUGCAUUAAUCUCACAGAUGUUUUUAAGCCUUUAUUUCUGGUGAUUACAAUGAUUUUCUGCCCACAACUACAGGCUUUUUGUAUUAAAUAAAGUUUAGUAAAAACAUUCAAUAUUUA